UACCAGAACUUCAUCAAGACCUACGCCGGCCAGUACGCCGGCUCUCGGCUGGACCAGUUCUACUCGACCACCCUCGGCGGAGACGCCGAAGAGGCUGGCUCGUCAGCGGCGAAACCGAUGUCUUCAACGGCUCCAGAGUCGACGACCACCAUGGACAUGAACUAUCUGCAGUACACGCAUUAUUGGCAGUCGUACCGGCAAAAGUACGAGACGUCAAGUGCUCCUGUCGUCCCGGAGACUAGCCAGUCGGCUUCCGGAAUGGACACCUCCAUUUCCGUCACGGUUGAAAUGCCCCUCGGCGACUCGUCCCAGUCGUCGGGCCAAGGCAGAACUGUUGAGCCGGAAGAAGACGACUUGGAUGAAAAGGAGAAAAGCAAAAAAGUGAAGCAGCAAGAAGACGAGGAUGAAAAGGAGGAAGAAGAUGAAGCGGCCUCUUCAACUGAGCUCCCGAAACCCAGUGUCGAUAUGAACACAGCCGCUUCUCUAAUCGAAUUCGACGAAAAGCCCCAUCCUCAUCAUCACACCACAACCACAGAUUUAUUGGACAAAAGUGACCUCGUCCAUGGCCAUCACAAUUUGACGCUUCCACCCCCCAUCGAACGGCCCGACGGAAUCGCGUCCACGGAGCCUGGAGAUGUCGGCAAGGACUACCUGUUGAGCGUAGACAUCAUCGCGAACAAGAAAGACGAUCUAUCAGAGACGCCAACCAGCGACCAAGGGACAACGUUGGCAAUCAGCACGACUCAAGACGUCUCCGAUGUGAUCACUAUGCACGCGUCGACAACGGACGACGAUGAACUGACGGACCAGUCUGAAAGGCACAAGCCAACCGCAGACACGACAGUGCUUGUGUCGUCUUCUCCUUCUUCCAGCAAAAUAUCGGCCUCAACUACGGCCCUUCUCGUCUCCCCGACCGUUGGUGUGGAGAAACGAUUUACGCGUAUGAGGCUUAGGCAUAAAAGGCGAAAAGGGUACAUGAGCCAAGAUGACCAAGAAGACCAGGAAGAGGAUAGUGCAGAAAGUGAGAAUGUUGAGGACGAGAAGGAGGUAGAAACAGGCAAAUCUGGGACAAAAAACGACAAAUCGGAGGCCAACAAGCGAAAGAACGGAAGAUAUGCACGAAAAAACAAUGAAAAGCCCAUGAUGGAAAAAGAUCGCCAGUUUAGGAAAGGCUGGGGCAAUGAGUCGAAAGACGAAAACGGCGAUUCUACAGACGAUGAGGACGAGGUAUAG